AUGCUGGGAAAUAUCGCCACAUCGCAAGAGGCUCGACUAUUAUGUCGCGAGAACCGCCUCACCAACACGGCAGGAGUCGCGCCCGGAUAUCUGCAGGCUAAUCUUCUCGUCCUGCCAGCAAAAUAUGCUGCCGAUUUCUACGACCUGUGUCUGCGUAACCCAGUCUCUUGUCCCUUGUUAGGCAGAACUUCGCUUCCUGGGGAUCCUCACAGCAUUCAGCCAGACGGAUGUAUCCAAUCUCCCGAAUUCGACAUUCGCACUGAUUUUCCCAAGUAUCGAAUUUAUGAAAACGGUCAAUAUAUGGAAAGUCGUCAAGAUAUUUGUGACCUUUGGACUUCCGACCACGUCGGCUUUUUGAUCGGCUGCUCAUUUUCCUUCGAGGAUGCGUUGACGGCAGCUGGUUUACAGCCAAGACACCAAAGGUCCAAAUCCAUUGUUGCCAUGUACCGGUCAACUAUCCCACUUCUUCCAGCCGGAGUUUUUACAGGUGGUCGCUGUAUCGUCUCUAUGCGGCCGUAUCGUCCGGAGCAGAUUUCACAGGUGCGGGAGGUCACUCGGCCAUUUCUUUCAACUCAUGGUGAGCCGGUGGCCUGGGGGUGGGACGGGGCAAAGGAGCUUGGUAUCACCGAUAUUGACCGACCGGACUUUGGUGAGCCACAGGUAUUUGAAGAGGGAGAAGUCCCAGUCUUUUGGGCUUGUGGAGUGACACCGCAAAUAGCAGUCGAGUCUGCUGGUGCAAAAGUAGAUGGUUUAGUGUUUGCGCAUGAGCCAGGGCACAUGCUGGUCACCGACUGGACUGUCAAUGAUUUACAGAGACUGCGACCCGGUAUUAUUUAG